AUGCCACCAAUCACGUGUGCGCGCCAAACCCUUUCCGAGUUUGCAAUCUCUCUACCAACGCAACCGAAAUUACCACACGACGUCCAAGAUGUAUUACUACAGACACGCGAAGAUGAGGGAAGUUUAGGAGCAGAUGGACGAGACGCGGUUGAACCCUCUCUGUUCCAACAGGACGGAAUCACGCGUAUCGCUGAAGUCUGUCGCGGUAUCACCGAUUCCAGCUUCUCUGGUAUACAGCGGCCGCCAAAGGACGUCGAUACUACAUCAUGCCUGCCACGGUCCGCCCCCGUGUGGCGUUUAUGUGAAGAAACCGAGGGUGACGACGAACGAGAGAACGGCUCUCGUUCCCUCCAUGAUAUGCUCUGCAGUGUCUCUGCUUCAAUCGUCACCAGUGGCACCAACGGAACAGACAAUUACGAACAACGUAAUUCUUUUCUUCAGAAUGAUCUUCGAGAGUAUUACAGCAUUCGGAACAAUCUCAUUCUCGACUCAACCCACCCAGGCGCGCCCCACAUCGUCAUCACUCCCGUGGAGGAAACCGUAGAGGACUACUAUAUCCAUUGGGGGAACCGUGUUAAUCCCCAGUGGUUAGGCUGCCUCACAGUUCCACCACCUGUCGUAUCGACGACGCGUUUAUUUCCCCUGAACAAUGCAGUGAUUUCAUCGAAAGCAUGCUCUGUCGAAUCACCAAAUCAACGCCCAUCCCUGCAGCUCUCCUUACAUACGUCGUGGUUUGAUAGAAUGAUCAAAACCACGAGUAAAGCACGCCUCGCCUUUCAUCUUAGACGGGCCCUGCAAAAGAAUCAGUUUAAAGCUGCGGCUUUCGGUGCGAGUCGUGUAGCAGAUGCAUUCCGACAAAGAUAUGACAAUCCCGAAUUUCUUUCCUCCAUCGAGAAGCCGUUUGAAUGGGUUGAUCCUGCAGAGCCUCUUCUUCGGCACAAUUUUCAUCAUCGUGGAGUGCUUAUCAUCGACUCUCUUAGUCCAUUUACCAUCCCUCACAUCAUGAUCAACGCCCCUCCUCCUCAAGACUUCUGGGUUACCUGGGGAAAUGCUACAAAUAGUCCUCAAGACGGAGGUUUUGGCCGAUAUCUUGUCGUUCCUUCACGAUUCGGAGUAGUUGACUAUAUCAAUCUGCCGCAAUCACCUUGCGAAACUUCAGAUUCGAAUUGCGAAAACGAGGUAGAUCUAUCGGAGAGCUCCUCUCCACCUGGCACCCCUUUCCCCGAGACCCCACUAUGCGAUCAGAGCGACUUCUUCUAUAUCCAAAGACCCGAGGAGAUGAUGGAUGAUUCCAACGAAAACGAUCUAGAUUCAGAAUGUCUGACUCGAGUGGAACCUCCGAAGUUUUUCCUUUGCGACGACGAUGACGAGGAAGACAGCUUGCCCCCCUUUGACGAUUGGUAUCAAAAUAUUGCCACACGUACUCAAUCUAUGAACAUCAACUAA